GAACAGCAAGACCACGGAGCGAACGAGAAAGAACGACGCAUCGGCAAAGACAAGCACGGGACGGCGUCGCACCGACAAGGACAGCCCCAACAACGAAGCUGCUCUCUCCUCGCCAUCGCUGAUCGGCCCCGCUGAUGCAGCAGAUGCAGCAGAUGCAGCAGUUCGGAAACGACGACACGGACACCCCCCGCGCGGGGAUCAAGGUCACCGCAGCGCAGGUGCAGGCCAUCUUGGAUGCCCACGGCAUCCCGUCCGACAGCGACUGCGUCGUCGAGCCGGUCGAAUGUGGGUUCAACAACCAGACCCUCAUCGUCAACAGCAAGUAUGUCCUGCGGCUGUGUGGCCGCCACUGGAAGGAGACCAAGACCCUCAAUGAGAUGGUCGCCCUCACCAUUCUUGGAGAGAGCAUGCCUGAGUUCGCCCCGCGGCUGCUCGGUUAUCAGUGCAAGGCGUCGGGGCUCCUUGCCUACGAGUAUAUUCUCAUGACGAAGCUGGAGGGCAGCAAUCUCGAGGAGCUGUGGCCCAGCCUGACACUUCCUCAGAAACUGGAUGCCGUCCGGCAGAUCGCCAAGAUCCUCCACCGGGUUCGGACGACGGGAAGCUGGAAAGAAACAGGAAGUCUGUCCCUUGCCCCAGACGGAAGGACCGUCGUCGUUGUCGACGAUCUCAUCGGCUUUGGCCGAGCCUCGUCGUGGGCGACUGCCAUCGAGAACAAGAUCAGAACUCAGGUCGAAAAGCUGGAGAACCUUGCGAUCGACUCGAUCCUGCGACCGCUGCAGUCGCUGCUUCCCCGAAUCCGCCAGUUCCAGGCGCUUUUUCACGAGCAAGGCGCCGCCUGGAUCGAUGCCGAGAAUAACGCAACCGUGGUAUUCACCCAAGGUGAUUUUGAGCUGCGGAAUGUCAUCGGACGCCUUGAAAGCGGCCGGAUUGUGGUCAGCGGGCUCGUCGAUUACGAGUUUGCAGGUCCCGCCGACUGGCUCCGUGAAUGGCAUGAAGGGUUCAGCUUUGCCGGCUGUCGCCUGGUCGAUGAACUGGACGAGCCAGACGAAGCCGAGGCCGAGGCCAUCUCGGAUCUUUCAGCUCUCCGGUCGGCGUUCUUGGAAGAGGCCUCGGCGCUCGGAAUCAAGGUGCCUUUGAUGUCCGACCCUGCUGUGGUCAAGGCCUGUCGAGUAUACCACCUCUGCGAGUACAUCCUUCCCUGGUGGCUCGCGGAUGUCAAACAGGUGCCCGGAGACGACCGAAAUCAAGAGCGCCUGCGCCGAGCGAUGGAGCGACUCGAUAAGUAUCUUGGAUUCUUUGGCCUCUAGCUCUCACCCGGCCCAGAGUCGCCGGCGAUAUGUUGGUUGUCGCGAGCUGCGUCGAAGGAGCACAUUGGUUGUGAGCAAUGUAGCUUUGCGGCUCGGCGGCGGCACUUGGACAUAUGAAGCUUGGAUUGAUUGAACUCUGCGAUGAACAAUGUCAAUUCAUUCCAAGUCCCGUCGGUGAGCACCACUCCAACGUGUGGGAAAUUCUACUGGGAUGUUACGUUUUGUCUUGGAGGGGCUGCCCCAGUGAUGGAGCGAGCUAGAGCGGUGAGCAGCGACGAGUUGCUGCAGAUCCGACGACCUGAGUUCAAUGAAACAACACACACCUGG